UGGCGGUGUGGUAUCUCAUCAGUUGUAAUAGUCUACUACGGUCAGACACACGCAUCCCGUGAGCGGUGUUCACACUUGACCAAUGUAAUACAGUAGAGCGACUUUGCGUGGAAAUAUACAUUUAGAACCAGUAACUACAAUGAAAGUGUGUAAUAAUAGAGUCGGCUGGUUGAGUGUCUUGUGGUUUUUCUCGUGUGUAUAUACAGUAUAUAUGUAUGGGAUCAAUGGGACAACAUAUUAGGUGGUCUCUGGUCGCUCACCUGUCCACAGUCAGACAAGUGCGCUCAGAUCGAUCUGUCUGCCUCUGUAGCACGUGCUUCGCUCGCGAUGCCUUUCUCUUUUGUGUUGUUUUAAUAGAGUGUAGUUGGUCAUUUAUUAGCGGGGUGUAUACAGGUUAGCGGUCUGGCCGCUAUCUCCGCAGUUUUAUUGGUGUGUAAAGCCCGCAUACGUCAGACAGAAGUAAAGGCAUUGGGCAUCAUCAGUUGAAAUCACUUUGAAUUUUAAAAGUGGCAUGACACCAACAUACACAUUCUGCUAUACUGCUUCUCCUAACCUUCACGUGUAAUGCCGGCUAAGGACACUCCGGAUACAUUUUCUACGACUGAUGAUGGGAACCAAAGAUGUCCAGAAAAAUCUACUUCACGUGAAGUGGUAAACAAAUCCUAGGAAGACACGUGCUAAAUACAACACGAGAACACACGCAAAGUGGUAAACAAAGUACUAGAAGACAUGUUAGGCGAAUUUAAGUGUACUUCGUGUAGUUUUCUGGAGGUGCACGACGGCGAGUGAUCCAUGGAAAUGGAAAAUAUGUGUUUGAGAAAUAUGGAUGGAAAAGUUAUAUCAUUAUCGCCGUGUUAUGCACGUGAUUUCAUUUAUAUAGAUAGGACCCAUGUCGAGGAUAAUUUCAUAUGUGCUGUGUUGAAGCAGAAAAAGAGCAUCUCCGGAUAUGUAUCUUAUAUAGACGGUAUCGAGUUUCCUGUCCAAUGCAAUUCAUGAGAAUAGCAGGUUCACCAUGGUACGACCGCUCGAACCUUCAAAUGGCUGCUGUACUGGACUACUCACCGAACUCAUCAUCCUCCUUGUGAUCCUGCUGCACGUGCGAAGGGGCGUCGCCUCCGAAUGGCCCGUACCCGACGUAUUUUAUGAUACGAAGGUUAUACCCGAGGAUAACGAAGUCACUGCCUAUUUAUUCAGAAACGAGAUAGAAAGUGUGUUUUUCCUGCCAGAUGAUGAAACACCAGUGAGUAUUAGCGUCAUCCCGUGUGCAUCAGCGUUAGAAUGGAACGUCACCUAUUCAACAUUUAACAAAAGUGACCGAGGAGAACGUCCCUAUUACAACCACACGGGGGCCGGAAAGCACACAUUCACAUUGAGUGGCAAGUUAAUCUUCAAGAUAUCUUUACGGCCCCUCACUAGCGAUACAAGGGUUCAUUUCCUUGCAACAAAACAAGUUAAUUCUGUUGCCUACCCAGCGCUUCCUAAAGACUAUAAAGUAGAAGGUGCCGAGGUUCAGCGGAGGCGAAUAUCCGUAUCGUGGAAGGCAAGUCCAGAGGAGACUCCUUAUGACAAUAUUAUCACUUAUUGUGUCGCCAUCAGUAGGGGGAGAUCAUAUCCCACUCACUGCUCGCUCAAUGCACAUUUAUAUGGGGACAGUUAUAUGAAACCGCCGGUAGGCGCUGGUUUCGGAUUCGCAAAGGAGAAAAAGAGAUUUAGAGAGAUGGAGAGAAAGGCGAGGCCUGUGAAGGCUGCUAAGCGUGGUCAAAUAGUGUACAAGUGCAUUGGAAGUCGCACGAAUUAUAUUUAUACACGGGCGAAACCUAAUACAAGGUAUUACAUUGAUGUGUAUGUCAUCAAUAAUAAUACGAACCGUACAAGUGCUUAUACGGGAUUAGAGUUGAAGACAAUGAGAGGGAAAAAAGUCAAAAAUCUCAAAUUUAACAAAGUUAAUAAAGUAACGUUAAGUCGACCGAAACAGAAGGAAGGUCUCAAGUUUAAAUUGACAACGUUUACUAGUAAAGUGUUUCUUGCCAUUCAUGCAUGCAGAGGAAAGGUCAAAUUCCAAGUAAUGCGUAGAGGGAAAACUAUCGUAAACACGAGGAUAAGGAAUAUAAAGAAAAUGACUUUAAGAGAUUUGGAACCGGAUGAUUAUCUUGUGAAAAUAACUAAUUCACGGAAAGGAAGACGGAAUGUACGUGUGUUUAUAAGCAAUAGUACUAAAGUGUUUCAACAGUACCCGGAUCUACCAAACGAUACACGGAUACUAGUGUUCGAUGAACAGAUCACAUGCAGCAAUGUGACAAUCGCCUGGCUUGAGGCGGGUGAAAGACAAACAUAUUGUCUUUACAAGAAAGAAAUACCCGCCAGCACCAAACGAAAACGGCGGCGAAAUAAAACAGAUUCAUGUAAAACGUCGUCUGUAAAAAGUAGUGAAAAAAUCAUUUGUAAAAAAUUUAGUAGGAGACAUAGGAAUACAAACACUGGUGUUACGACCUAUGAAAUAACAGGCUUAAAGCCCGAUACAACCUACCAAUUUGACAUUCUUGUUAGUCGGCGGAAACGGCACUCAUUGCCGUACCAAAGUGUUGUUACUCAGACAAGAACGGGAUGCUGAGCUUUUCUGUGAGUGAAUGACGAGUGCAAGGUAUAUGAAAUGUAGUCUGAAUGUCAAUCUUAAGGAGAUCUGUGAUUUUGCUACUAAAAGGCGGGAAUGUAUUUCCGGACAAACUGUGCCACUGUGAUGUCGUUUUGACCUAGAUUACCUAGAGUAAAAAUUCACUCCCCGUCAGACUCACAAUAAACCUUGCGGGGAGUAGAAACAAUACAAAGGGCAAUCGAGGGUAUAUUGACCAAGCCGAUGAAUACAAUCCUCAUAACACUUUGUCAUCGAUUUUCUCAGAUAUUAACACACCUCAGUUGAUUCGUCGAACUUGUCCCAUCUAUAAAAUGAAUUGGCUGUUUGUAUGGCUUUCCAUGGAAGGUCCUCAACGUUUAAGAAAUAAAACAAAAAUGGCUACAGCAUAAUACAUAUAUCUGUCUAAAGAAAUGGUGAUCAUUUGAUUCAAACACAUUACAUAAAAGGAAUAGAAAGUCUGCUCAUCGUCACUGUAUGGUGGUUUGUUACGUAGUACUCCAUGAUCCUGGGUAACGUCUGCUCAGUUUGGGCUUUACUCCUUGUAAGGGAGAUAACUCUUUUUAUCUCCUCACUUCCGAGUUAGGUUGUAACAUUCCGAGCCCCUGAUGUUUGAGAGCUGUUGCGAGGAUAAAGGGAAGUUCAUAAGGAAUAUAUUUAAUCUCUAGUAUGACACUUUUCUUACAAAAACAACAACAAAAUCUCAACGACAUCACGUUCUAAACAAAUUGUGGGAUUUAAUCCAGCUCAUGUUCUGAAAGACUGACUUCUAUUUCUCUAUGAUAUUCAGAUAUUGUUACAUUUAUUUCAAUUUUGUUUCAACUCGAUACAAUAACUAAUUAUUCUUUAUGCGUGCAAUACAUGUAUGUUGUAUAUUAUGAUCUGAUAAAGACAUUCACCAAUUUAAACACAUCCAAAUUUACUAUUCAAUCAAUCGGGGGUCAAAGGUUAACCACACUGAUCGUCUAUCGCUCAUUAAGAAAACUGUAAAUGAAAUCCAUUCUUGAUGUUAUUUAAAAUCCUUAAUUACCAUGUUGUGUAUCCGUGAAUAUUGCCGCCUACUCUGUGUUACGGAGAAAAUUCUCCAUAUUUAAUGUUGUCAAAACACAUCAUACCUAAAGCACGUAAAUGCUUCAUUUUGAUUCAUAAAUUUCAUCAGGUAGGGUGUAUCGGUAAGUGGCAUGUAGUACAGUGUUCCGUUGGCUAGUGUUCAUUAUGCAAUAAGUUUCAUUUUAUAUAUAUAUAUGCUUUCAUGUACGUAAAAUUUACUAUGUUUAUAUGCAUUGUAGUAGGAUACAUUGUAGUGAUAUAUUUAUAUAUUUGUUAAACACGAGUUACAUUUAUUUUAGAUAGCUACAGUGUAUGAACAGAUUGUGUCUGUACAUACAACUACAAUGUAUUUGAUACUACAAUGCAAAUAAAUGAUAGUAUUAUUUUAUAAAUACAAUUCAUACUAUACUUACAUUACACGUAUGGUGUUAAAAAUAGAUGACAUAAAACGCGUUCCAAUUCCUACUCCAAACCAUCAUCCACACAUCUAGCCCCGCCACUCUUUCUCCGCCCUUUAUAAACUUUGAAUAUGUACUGAGAAGAUCAGAAAUAAGUUCCCUAGUGAGGAUUUUUUCUUUAUUUCAUAAGUUAUCAUCUCAUAACAACCAUUCAUGCUGAGUGUAUGAACAUAAGUCACUUACUUUCAGAGUGAGAGAAAGCAUUUAAAAAACGCAUUUUGUUAUGUGGUUAAAAGUUAAAGGAACACGUCAUAGCUUCUUCAUAAUUUACAAUCUUAAUCAUCAACAUCUUAUUUUCGUUUUCCUUUCCAUCCCAUAUUUUAUGUGAUAGAUCAUUGGGUUGAGAAAUGACAACUUAAAUGGCAUUUUGGAUCAGAGGAAAUGUUCGCUUAAACACUGUGAACCAACGGAGCCCGUGUACUGUAGUUACUGAUCUUGUCAGUCACGUCAUGAAAUCGACAUGAUAAUCAUCGAUAAAGUGUUUGCAAAUAUUUAUCAAGCAUUCUAAUUUAUUUCUUACACAUGGUGUCAACAUAUGCUAAUUAAGUUUAGACAUCAUUGCCACUGUUGAUAUUAAAUUAAUUUCAUAUUUGUUUAAAUAAUUGAAA